ACUACAGGCACCCAUGUGACCAUCUGACACGUCCCCUCCCGGCUACCGUCCCAUGGUUGCCGCGGUGACCAGCUGGGGCUGGCUCCGGGCCCGGUAAGGGAGCCAUGGGCCCGAUCACCGGGAACAGGAACAUGACCACCGGGGCUGGCCCCACCACCUCACCCCCGGGGUGCAGCAGUGGGGCUCUUAUGGGCAGUUUUGGGAUCUUUCUGCAGGGCCUGCUGGCAGUGAUGGCCUUCAGCAUCCUUAUGUUAAAACGUUUUCGAGAACCAAAGCAUGAGCGACGUCCAUGGAGGAUAUGGUUCCUAGAUACGUCCAAGCAAGCGAUUGGAAUGCUGUUCAUCCACUUUGCAAAUAUCUACUUAUCAGAUCUUACAAGAGAAGACCCGUGCUCGCUCUAUCUGAUCAACUUCCUCCUGGAUGCCACACUGGGCAUGUUACUUAUUUACGCAGGGGUCCGAGCAGUGAGCUGUGUGGUUGAAUGGAGGCAGUGGGAGUCCUUGAGGUUUGGAGAAUAUGGGGACCCUUUACAGUGUAAAGCCUGGGUUGGACAGUGUGCACUCUACAUCCUUAUCAUGAUGUUUGAGAAGACUGCAAUAAUUCUUGUCCUGCUUAUACCCAAUCUAAAAGAGGUGGCCAUGAUAAAGCCUGCUUUCCCGAACCCAGAGCUGGAGCUGGCCAUUGUAAUGCUUAUUGUGCCCUUCUUUGUUAAUGCAUUAAUGUUCUGGGUGGUGGACAACUUCUUGAUGAAGAAGGGCAAGACAAAAGCCAAAAUAGAAGAGAAAGAAGGUAGCCCAGAGUCCCGGAACGGUAAUAAGAUCCGGUAUCGGAGGGCAGCGUCAUAUGAUGAUUCUGAAUCUGAAAUUCUCAUUUCAGCAGAUGAUGAAAUGGAAGAGUCUGAUGUUGACGAGGACCUCCGCAGAUUAACAAAUUCCAAGCCUGUUAAGAAAAAGAAGCACCGAUUUGGCCUGUCCGUAUGAUGUUCCUCUAGUUUUUGCACAAUUAUGCCUCCAUCGAACUGAGGUUUUACAGGAGAAAACAAGGUCUGGCUUCUCGGCACAAGAUUUCUUCGAGUCACUACCUCUACUUGUCAGCAUUCAGAGAUGGAGGUGAUAGACUGUGUUUUUUUUUUUUUCCUUUUUCUUCUCCAAGUCAGAACCUUAUGGAAUGGGCACUGGACUUUGAUUUCUCUCCAAUGCUGCUGCCCACCUCUGUACCCAAUGCAGUUCCUGCAACUGUAAAAGAUGCAGACGCCUGGUGUUCCAUAGAUCAAAGUCAAUACCUGCUUGUUGGCAUACUUCUAACCCGACUGCUUGAUCUAUAUAUAAUUUUUUUCCGUUUAAUUUGUUUAGAUUUCUUACUUUUCUUAACACCAGAAGAAUGAGGGUGUUUUAAUUGCCUCCUCCUUUUAACACUCGUCUCCUGCCUGAUACCAGCUGUUCACAGGGUAGCAUGGCCAGGGCAUGUUUCUAUUGCUGAAUGCCAUCUGCCCUGAUUUGUAUCAAGCUGCAGUGCUAUUUAUCAGAAUGGGAGUUAUAAUCCCAGAUGCUUUCAUCAUAGUAUCAGUAAUACAGGAACCUUCUUAUAGCAUUCCAACAUAUUCUUUUCUAUGCAUUGUUGCAUUUCUUAAAUGCAUAAGGUGGCAUGUGCCUACACGUAAUAUUGCCAUUAAAAAAUGGUUACUAAAAUCCUGGCCAUGCCAUACUGUGCUAUUUUCUUUUGGAUUGUUUAGUCUCAAUCCUCCAUGGCCCAAAUGCAGAAGUUUGGAGUCGCCCCCAGGUACUGGUACCUGAGGGAGCCUAGAAUCCCCUCCUUCACUAAGUAAUAGUAAUGUAGGAGUUUUAUAAAUUGCAUGUGGGAUUUAGGGGCUCUGCAACAGGUUAGGCAUUGGGGCCCCCAACCCCUGUUACUACUACUGUGUCAUUUGUGGCAUCCUACGAAUAGGUUCACUGCCUUUAAAGGGCAUCUGUCAGCAGAUUUGUACCUAUGACACUGGCUGACCUGUUACAUGUGCGCUUGGCAGCUGAAGGCAUCUGUGUUGGUCCCAUGUACAUAUGUGCCCACAUUGCUAAGAAAAAUUAAGUUUUAACAUAUGCAAAUGAGCCUCUAGGAGCAAUGGGGGCAUUGCCUAGAUGCUCUGCUCUCUCUGCAACUGCCGCGCUUUUUCCACUUUGACAGGGCCAGUCGGUAUGAUGUUUUCGAUUAAAGCGCAGAGGAUGCGGCAGUUGCAGAAAAAGCAGAGUAAUGGCUAGGAGUAAUGGCAAUGCCCUCGUUGCUCCUAGAGGCUCAUUUGCAUAUAUUAAAACAUAAUUUUUCUCAGCAAUGCGGGCA